UUGUUUGAACUAAAAAUGUAAUAUUUGUAACAAUAAAUAUUUCAUCGCUCCCCCAUACUCUUUGGUCUGCUUCUGGUUGUUGGCGAGUCAAAUCUCACUCCUCUUAUCAUUCUGUCCGUAGAGAUUGAUGUCCAUGGAAGAGCUAAAACCUUCGAACAAUAAGAUUCUUGAGCAGCUGAGACAUGGACUCGCUAGGUUCGAGCUUGUGUCCUCCCCUACUCUUUCAGUCUCCUCUGCUUCCUUCUUAGGCGCCACGCAGAGCAAUAGCUAUGCCUUCUUCGCCAGAAUCGGUUCCUCCUUAAAUGGGUCUCCGGCAGCGAAGAAGGUUGAGCAGUACGCGGUGGAUAGAGUUACUGGGGAUGGUCGCUGUCUCUUUAGAGCUUUGGUGAAAGGAAUGGCCUUUAACAAAGGACUUACUAUCAAUCCCCGGAGAGAGAGAGAUGAUGCAGAUGAACUACGAAUGGCUGUGAAAGAGGUUAUAUGCAAUGACCCCAAGGAAAGGGACAAGUACAAAGAAGCUUUAGUAGCUAUCACUGUGGAAGAGUCUAUGAAACGGUAUUGUCAGCGGAUUGGAAGACAUGAUUUCUGGGGAGGAGAGUCUGAGCUGCUAGUGCUUUCCAAGCUAUGUAAACAGCCUAUCAUCGUCUACAUACCAGAGCAUGAGCAUAGGAGAGGAGGAGGGUAUGGGUCGGGGUUUAUACCAAUUGCAGAGUAUGGAGCUGAGUUUAGAGGAGGCUGGGGAAAAGGGAACAACAAGAAGAAUGUUGUUAGGCUUCUUUACAGUGGUAGAAACCAUUAUGAUCUGCUUCGAUAGACCAAAUAGAUUGGAGUCUUGUACCUCUGUUUGAAUCAUCCAUUAUUCCAAAUUUGUUUAAAACUUGGAUUCGGUUUGGCUACUUUGGAUCCAGCCAAACUUAAUUACGUCUGGUUUGGUUU